GACUAUCUUUCUUACUUCCUUCCUUUAAUACAUAUCUCUACUUCUUUCGUAUAUCCUGUUCCUUAAAAAAUAAAACACCAAAAGAACAAACUAAAGAACACCCAAUUCAGCCUUUGACUUUAAUUUUCAAGAUUGAGAAAGAAUUUCUAAAGAUUUUGAGUCUAUGGGGUUUAAAGGAGGAGUUUUUUUCUGCUGUUUUUGCUUAAUUUUUGCUGUAUUUUUGCUGAGUUCUUCAUUCGUCAUUGGAGGUGAUAUAGUUCAUCAUGAUGAUGUUGCUCCAAAGAGGCCUGGUUGUAACAACAAUUUUGUGCUGGUAAAAAUUCCAACAUGGGUUCAUGGGAAUGAAGUAACUGAGUUUGUUGGCAUUGGGGCUCGAUUUGGCCCCACAUUGGAAUCAAAGGAGAAGCGUGCUAAUCAGACGAGGCUUGCCUUUGCAGACCCAACGGAUUGUUGUAGCAAUCCUAAGAAUAAGCUCACUGGUGAGUCCAUCCUGGUGCACCGAGGUAAUUGCAGUUUCACCAGAAAAGCAAAAGUUGCAGAGGCUGCUGGCGCUUCAGCGAUCAUCAUUAUAAACAACCAGACAGAGCUCUUCAAGAUGGUUUGUGAGCCCGAUGAACCUGAUGUGGACAUCGGUAUCCCUGCCGUGAUGCUCCCACAAGAUGCAGGUACAAGCCUGAUAGAGUUUCUCAGGAACAGCUCUGCAGUUUCGGUGCAGCUGUACUCUCCGAAACGUCCAACGGUUGAUGUUGCUGAAGUGUUUUUAUGGCUUAUGGCGGUUGCUACCAUAUUAUGUGCUUCUUAUUGGUCUGCAUGGAGUGCCAGAGAAGCAGCAAUUGAGCAGGACAAGUUCUUAAAAGAUGGCUCAGAUGAUUAUGGUGGCAAGGAGGUGACUCAUUCCGGUGGUGUAUUGGACAUCAGCACAGCAUCGGCACUUCUGUUCGUAGUGGUCGCAUCUUGCUUCUUGAUUAUGCUUUACAAGUUGAUGUCCUUCUGGUUUAUUGAGGUUCUGGUGGUCCUAUUUUGCAUCGGUGGCGUUGAGGGUCUACAAACCUGUUUGGUGGCCUUGUUAUCAUGUUUCAGAUGGUUUGAACAUGCUCAUGAAUCGGUUAUUAAAGUUCCACUUCUGGGGCCUGUUUCAUAUCUUUCGCUGGCAAUUUCUCCAUUCUGCUUAGCUUUCGCUGUUAUGUGGGCGGUUUUCCGCCGUGUCUCCUUUGCUUGGAUAGGUCAAGACAUACUUGGUAUUGUGUUGAUCAUUACCGUUCUUCAGAUCAUACGAGUUCCCAAUCUCAAGGUGGGAACAGUUCUUCUCACUUGUGCAUUCUUCUAUGACAUUUUUUGGGUAUUUGUUUCCAAAUGGUUGUUCCACAAGAGUGUUAUGAUAGAGGUUGCACGUGGUGAUAAUAGCGGAGAAGAUGGAAUUCCCAUGUUACUGAAA